AUGAAUUCAGGAGGAGCACAAGAGGGAGGAGCCAAGGCAGGGCCCCCCAAGUUCAAGAAGAAGGAGGGGAGGACAUUCAAGAGCAAGAUCCCCAAGCCUGGCCAGAAGGGGUUCGACAAUGAUGUACCUGGCAUGGAGGGGCUUGGAGACGCUGCAAUCGUGUGCCCCUGGGAGGCAUUUGGAGACAUGGAGCUGAGUGAUCUGGCCCAGUUUGGACUCGUAUAGAGAGAAACAUCUGCAUCUCUGGAGGGCUGUCAAUCAUUACGUUUUCCACCUGACACAAGCAUGACAAUAUCCCCACCUGGAUAUGAAAAGCGGCUCUCCAGAACUCACAUAUCCGCAACAGAAAACAUUUCAUGUUUGGCAUAGCAAUGCAGCCCCAAUUUGUGUAAAAUUGUCAAACAUUGUGCCAAUAUGUGGGUUACUACU